UUUGGAGACGUAUAUAGGGUUUCUUCCAGCGUCAAGAGAGACAGAGACAGACUUAGAGGUAGAGGGGCAGAGAGAGAGAGAGAAAGAGAUCCCGAAGAUGGUGCAGCGUCUGACGUAUCGCAAGCGCCAUAGCUAUGCCACUAAAUCCAACCAGCACAGGAUCGUCAAAACCCCUGGUGGAAAAUUGGUGUAUCAGAGCACUAAGAAGAGAGCGAGUGGCCCGAAGUGCCCUGUAACUGGAAAGAGAAUCCAAGGGAUUCCUCACUUGAGACCUGCCGAGUAUAAGAGAUCCAGACUUUCUAGGAACCGGAGGACUGUGAACCGGGCCUAUGGUGGCGUACUAUCUGGCGGUGCUGUCAGAGAGAGGAUCAUCCGAGCCUUUUUGGUGGAAGAACAAAAGAUUGUGAAGAAGGUUUUGAAGAUUCAAAAGGCGAAAGAAAAGCAGGCUGGAAAAAGCUAAAGACAUUAGACUUGAGUUUUGAUUGUUCUUGAAAGCAGUUUUGACUUUUGUGAGGUGAUUACCUGUUGUGCGCCAUAUCAUAGCGAGGUCAUUGUCUUGGAAUCUGAAUGAGCAUUUGUCUUAAGUCAUCUUUUUUGUUUUAUUCCUCAUCCCAAAACAUUGGAAAUAUGGUUUUUGCUUAUGGUGUGGACAUGUGGUGGAUGGCCUGUAUGCUUGGCAAUACUCAGGAUUUUCUUGUAUGAAUGUUAACUUAUCAGCCGAUACUCGUUUUUUGGCCAA